AUGACUAACCAAAAACCGAUUGAAAUCGUUACACUUGGACGUCCAUUUCGCUUGGGUAUGCUAUAUGAUAUUCGUAGUGACAUGCUAAUCACUGGUGCUACACUAUGGAAUAAGGAGACAUUGGAUAAGAAUACAGAUAAAAGUAAUCAACCAUAUACCGAUUAUGAAGUUAUAGCUACAGAUUCAUUACAAGAUAAAGCACAUGCAUUGGGAGUUGAAGGGAGUUUAAAAUUAAGUCUUCUGGUUGGUUUAGUUAACGUUUCUGGUUCUGCUAAAUAUGCUGAAGAUUCUCAAAAAACGAAUCACGUAACACGUCUUACACUAAAAUAUACAACAACAACGGAGUUUGAGCAAUUAACAAUGCAACAUCUUGGUAAAGGUAAUUUAAAUCACCCGGAUUUACAUGAUGCCGAUAUAGCAACUCAUGUGGUUACUGGUAUACUCUAUGGUGCUGAAGCAUUCUUUGUAUUUGAUCGUACAGUAUCGGAAGAAGAAAAUAAAACAGAAGUUGCAGGCACAUUACAGGCUAUGAUUAUGAAAAUACCAAAAUGUGAAAUAGAAGCGGAUGUUAAGUUAGACUUAAAUGACAAUGAAAAGAAAUGUAUUAAUAAUUUAAAUUGUAAAUUUUAUGGUGACUUUCGAUUGAAAAAAAAUCCUAGUACAUUUGAAGACGCUAUUAAACUCUACAACGAAUUACCAGAACUCUUGGGUGAAGAUCAAAAAAAUGUGAUACCAAAAAAAGUUUGGCUUUAUCCAUUGCAUUUGGUAGAUAGCAAAGCUAUGAAAAUCGUUAGAGAUAUUUCAACGAGUACUAUCGAUUAUUCAAUAGGCUUUCUUGAAAAGCUUCAUUCGUUAGAAAUACGAGCAUCAGAUUUAACAAAAAGUACAGUUUUUACAUAUUUUAAUCAUAUGCGAAAACAUUUGUUAGAUUUUGUUGCUCGAUUAUCAGAAUUCGAACGUGAUUUAAAAAAGAAGAUGGUAAAUCUUUUGCCAAAAAUACGGGGUACUGGUGCUGAAGAAUCAGAUCUACUUGGUUUAUUUAAAGAAGUUGAUUCAUCGCCAUUUAAUGAGCGAACACUAACAUCAUGGCUUGAAGAUAAAGAAAAAGAAGUUGCUCUCAUUAAAACUUUUACUGCAGCUUUAACGAAAGAUAAAAAUUUAUAUAUUACAGUUA